UGUGGAUACGACUCGAAGGGGCCCAGAGGGUCCAUGCUGGGGUGUUGUGGAUGCGACUGGAAGGGGCCCGGGGGGCACAUGCUGGGGUGUCGCGGAUGCGACUGGAAGGGGUCCGGAGGGCCCAUGCUGGGGUGUUGUGGAUACGACUCGAAGGGGCCCAGAGGGUCCAUGCUGGGGUGUCGCGGAUGCGACUGGAAGGGGCCCGGGGGGCACAUGCUGGGGUGUCGUGCAUGCGACUUGAAGGGGCCCGGAGGGCCCAUGCUGGGGUGUCAUGGAUGCGACUGGAAGGGGCCCGGGGGGCACAUGCUGGGGUGUUGUGCAUGCGACUGGAAGGGGCCCGGAGGGCCCAUGCUGGGGUGUCGUGCAUGCGACUGGAAGGGGCCCGGAGGGCCCAUGCUGGGGUGUCGCGGAUGCGACUGGAAGGGGCCCGGGGGG